AAAAACUAGGUAUAAAAUAUAAAUGAUUAUUAUAAUUUAUAUUAUCUCCUCUGCAUCAUUAUUGGGUGCUGUUUAUAGGAAAGCAACACUAACACAAAUACAGUGUGGACUCAAAUACUCAAUUGUGAAUUAAGUAUCGACAAAAACAAAUAGAAGAAUAUUAUACAAAUAUUAAAUGAACAUUUGUGUAAAUUUUUAUUUCAAUAGUGUGUUUUAUAAUAUUUUUGGCAAUUCCACAAAUUAAUACGUGUCUGUGUUGUGUAACAAAUUUUAAACUAUGGAAUCAGUAACUACAAGGGUGAACGAUGAGAGACGAAAAAUGGUAUAUGUUGGUGAUUUACCUAAUGACUUUUUACGCUUAGACGUGGUUUCUGUUGAUGAUUCUACUAAUAGAUUACAACAAGAAGCCGCUGACCAACAAGCUGCUAUGGCUCUACAACAAUCAUUGUCUUGUAUGCAAGGAGACCACCGUGAUAGAAAUAGAUUAAAUAUUACAAUUGUACAAGCACGGCUAGUCAAAAACUAUGGUUUAACUAGAAUGGAUCCUUAUGUACGACUUAGAGUUGGAAAUUGUGUAUAUGAAACACAAACAGAUCCAAAUGGUGGUAAAACUCCUAAAUGGCAUAAAACUGUUCAAACGCUUCCACAAGAAGGUGUCAAUCAAAUUAAUGUAGAAAUAUUUGAUGAAUGUUCUUUCAAAAUGGAUGAACUUAUUGCUUGGACAACAAUACCAAUUCCCAAUCAAAUUUAUAAAGGGGUCACAAUUGAACAGUGGUACAAUCUUAGUGGUAAACAAGGGCCAAACAACGAAGGAACUAUUAACAUAAUUAUAAGUUUUGGAGCUCCGCCAAAUUUGGGCUUAACAAGUUCAGUUAUGAUGUUACCACAAAUGCCAAAAUUCAACAAUUCAAGUGCCAGUUUAACUCCUAUUUAUAUUCAACCUUCAGCUCCACAAGCACCUACUUUUUGUGCAGAAGACUUGAAACAAAUUCAAGACAUGUUCCCAAACAUGGAUAAAGAAACAGUAAAAACUGUUUUUGAAGCCAACAAUGGUAAUAAGGAUCUUACUGUUAAUUCCUUACUGCAGUUGGUUGAUUAAAUAUUUAUUAAACAACUCAGGUUUUACUUAAUAUAUGAGUGCCAUGUCAUAAUUUGGCAGCAUUAUUAAAAAGUACCAGAUAAUACCUGUAAUUAGUUUCCCUAAUAUUAUUUCUCACUUGCUUUAGUUAAUAAAUCAAAUGCAAAUCAGCUGACACAAAUAAUUAGAUUAUAUUAAAAAAAUAAUUGUAUGUGUCUAGUCCCUCCGCUAGUAGUGUACUAAUUUUUACAAUUAUUUAGUCAAUUUUUCCGCAAUUAAUUAAUGUGUCAACUGAAAUUCCAUAAACAUAUACUAUACAUUAAUUAUUAACUUUA